CCUGUGGCAGGCGGGCAGCAUGGCGGCCGUGGAGGCGCGCGUGUGCGAGACGGCGGGCUGCAGCAGCGAGGCCAAGCUGCAGUGCCCCACCUGCCUCAAGCUGGGCAUCCAGGGCUCCUACUUCUGCUCCCAGGAAUGUUUUAAAGGAAGCUGGGCUACUCACAAGUUAUUACACAAGAAAGCAAAAGAUGAAAAAGCUAAACGUGAGGUUUCCUCUUGGACCCUAGAGGGUGACAUCAACACAAACCCUUGGGCUGGUUAUAGAUACACGGGUAAACUCAGACCACAUUAUCCACUGACGCCAACAAGGCCUGUGCCAAGCUAUAUUCAGAGACCGGAUUAUGCCGAUCACCCACUAGGAAUGUCUGAAUCAGAACAGGCUUUAAAAGGAACCUCUCAAAUAAAAAUCCUCUCAUCUGAGGAUAUAGAAGGGAUGCGAGUAGUGUGUAGGCUUGCUAGGGAAGUAUUGGAUGUUGCUGCCAUGAUGGUGAAAGCAGGUGUAACUACUGAAGAAAUUGAUCAUGCUGUCCAUAUAGCUUGCAUUGCAAGGAAUUGCUAUCCUUCCCCUCUGAAUUACUAUAAUUUCCCUAAGUCAUGCUGUACGUCAGUGAAUGAAGUGAUCUGUCAUGGAAUUCCUGAUAGGAGGCCUUUGCAGGAAGGCGAUAUUGUUAAUGUGGAUAUUACUGUCUAUCGUAAUGGCUACCAUGGAGAUCUGAAUGAGACAUUUUAUGUUGGAGAAGUCGAUGAGGGUGCAAGGAGACUUGUCCAGACAACUUACGAGUGCCUAAUGCAAGCCAUCGACGCAGUAAAACCUGGUGUUCGGUAUAGAGAACUCGGAAACAUUAUUCAGAAACAUGCUCAAGCAAACGGAUUCUCAGUGGUUCGGAGCUACUGCGGGCAUGGAAUCCAUAAACUUUUCCAUACAGCCCCCAAUGUGCCACAUUAUGCCAAAAACAAGGCAGUUGGAGUAAUGAAGCCAGGGCAUGUAUUUACAAUCGAACCAAUGAUCUGUGAAGGUGGUUGGCAGGAUGAGACGUGGCCCGAUGGCUGGACAGCAGUAACAAGAGAUGGAAAACGAUCUGCCCAGUUUGAACACACGCUGCUGGUCACCGACACAGGCUGUGAGAUCCUAACGCGGCGGCUGGAUAGCAUUCGUCCACAUUUCAUGUCCCAGUGAUAGUCUGGACUGAGUGGGUGGAUCUGAAAGAUACAUAUAUUUUUUUUUUCUCUGUACUAUGCAUUUUAUUAAGAGUACAGAAUAGAGGGGGAGUUCAUCAUUUAUUUUGUUCUCACUGACUGUAGUUAAGAGGAAUAUCUUGAAGAACCUGACCCAAUGUCUGAAAAAGCAGAGAAGGAUUUAAAAUAUUUUCUGCUUUCCUCCUACCUGCAACACUCGUACUAUGUUUUCUUUUUUAUUUUCCUUCAAUUACUUCUUUAGCACCUUUCUUCCAAUUAGAUCUGCAGUUGCUUCUAUUGCUGCCAGGAUACUAGCUAGAAAAAUGUGGGGUGACCUUUCCCACUAGGACUUGAUAUUUUGGGAUCCAGGUUUUUUCACUACUUCAGUGUGCUCUGUCUCUCUUGGUGCCUGAGUGGCRCCUGAAUUUUAAGUGUUCCUAGUUCCAAAGACCUGCUCUUGCUUCUGCAAAUACUGUUGUAAUGGGCUGGGCCUUGUUUAUCAGUUGAGAAGAAUUGUGGGGGAGAAGGAAAGAGAUGCAUGUUGCCAAGAAUAGUUUGCCCUUACCUUUAGUUCUGUCCCAUCUCUCUGCUGAUUGCCUCUGUUGUAAUUGUCACUGUUGGUGGCACACUGUGUUAAUGGCGGGAUUUGCUUUUAUUGCUGGAGAAUGAUAGUACCGACUGCCUGUGGGGAAAAUUACUAAAUUCUGUGUUAAGUGCAGCUCCCUGGAACGAGCAGCUUCGCUGCUCGUUGGUGCUUGGCAAUCUCCUGCUCAGGAAGCUCAGUGAAACUGCUCUAUCUGCCUUGAGUAGAGAAAGGAAUGAACAAGAGCCUGAAAAUUCACAUGUGCCAUGGGAUCCCUGGGUUAGUUAGCAGUGGGGCAUUUUCUAGAGGUGCACCCACAGUAGCUGUGGGGGAGUGGAUUUGCAAGACUUACACUGAGCUACAUAUGGAUCUCAUGAACUAAGUCUGAGGGUGAGAAGGGGAAGCAUCUUCAUUUUUUUAAACAGUUAAGGGAUUUUCCCCCCAACAGUUGGCUUAAGGAGACAGCUGAUCAGUUCCCUCAGAGAGGGUAUAGGAUGGGCUACGACAGAACAUAAACCACUUUCUUGUCUGUUAAUGUGUCAGCUAAGCUAGAAACUGUCAGCUUAAGGAUUGUGGACUGAUUAAGCCUCUGUCUUCUUCCUCCCCUUCUUUUUCCCUGUCCACUUCCUUUCCAAAAAAUCUUUGCUGUGUCUGCGAGGGAGUCUAUUUUUUUCUGUUUUUCUGAGCUGUAAUUAUUUCAGACCCCACGGCAGACUUCAGGUCUUGCACCACUGUAACACAAGAAAUAGUUGAACCAAUGCAGACAUAUUAAAUCAUGCAAUCACGCGCAUAAAACACACCUUUUAUGAGGUGCCUGGUGAAUCUGUUGCCACAUUAGACCUAACCUUUUGAGUACUGCAUGCCCCUGGCUCCCCAUGGCACUGCACAAUCUGAACGGGGGCAAGGGGUUAGUGCUCCAUAGAACUGGACUUGCUCCAUGUACUACCAAAUACCAAACCUACCAGAAAAUGUCUUCUCUUCCCCGAGUGCCUCAGACCUCUGCUGUAAGAGUAUCAGUGCGGUAACAUUUUCAUUACCUUUAUUUUUUAAUUAUGCAGUAAAGUGACCUGAGAUGAUGCAUAUGGAGUGAGUGUGUAUGUGUGCAUGUGUGCGCUUGAGUGUGUAGGUUUUAACUAAACAGACUGUAGCACCUGAGUGGAAUUACUUGCAUUGAAUGAGAUGCAAUGAGAUGACUAUCCUGGA